UCUUUGUCCAAGAUCUUCCACCAUUCUUACGAGGGCUACCAAGAGGAGGAGGAGAAGGAGGAGGAGGGGGUGUUCCUCCAUAGUAACAAUGACAAAACAGCUAGUUCAGCUCUGAGAAGGCAAGAGGAGCACGGAGACUUGUGCAGGGGGUGCUGCGUUCGCGUCAGGAGCGGCUUAAAGGGAAUCUCGCAGGAGGAAACUGCGACUUUCUCCUCUUUUUAUUGGUUUGAGACAGUCGGAGCACUUUUGCCAGGGAACGCGCCUCCUCCACACCUGCAGGGGAGCAUGGAGCGAGCCAGCCAGAGCGAGGACACACUGUCCAGCAUUGCCCUGGAGAACAUCAAGAACAAGCUGAUCCGUGCCUUCAGAGUCACAGCAGAGGCCAGAGAGGAGCCUCAGGAGUCCGGCUGCAGCGUCAGACCUGUCAGCAUGAGCAGGAGUCACCAGGCCAAUGAGGAGCUGAGGAGGGCCAAGAUAGAUGGAGCAAUAACCUGGAUAAGGUCAGAACUGCAGGACAUGCGCACGCAGGACCUCCAGCUGGCCCAAACCCUGCUGGGGCUCAACAUGGAGAUCCAAAGGCUGCGGAGGGAAAGUUUUGGGGGGUUUGAAGCGGAUGGAGAUGAUUCACAGUAAACGGCUGCUACAAGCUGCUUCUUCAGCGGAGAAGAACUUCACUCUUUUUCUGGAAUCCACACCAGACAAAACAUGCUUUAAAAGAUCAAACAGCAACAUUACAGAUCUGCAGUUUUUAUAUAUUUCUGUAGGAAAAAUAAAAAAGUCAAAAUUUG